AGCGCGUGUUAGGAUCCGGCUGAUCACGUGGGCGUGUUUAGUUUAUUUGAUUAUAAUAAUAAUAAUAAUCCACGUUUUUUGAACACACGUGCUGCGGACUUCAACGUGGAAAGUUGGAUAUACCGACCGUAGAGAAUGUUUUUGUGGUGGUGGUUGUUUUGAUUUUUGACUACCAAUGAGCAUCAGGACACUUCACUGAUGAGAACGAAGGAGCAGAUGAGAGCAGAGUGAUCAGCGCACACUAGGCCCUGCAGACCUUUCUGUCAGUCAAAAGGUCUAACUGGAGCAGAGUGACGCCUGUUGCGUCCGGCUCUAAACAGUUCCCCCAUUUCCUUCUUGUGUUGGUCUCCGUGAGCGUUUCAAAACUGUUUCUCCAACGCUUCUUCCAGAAACUCAGACUGUUUUCCAAAGCAGAAGCUGCACAGCCCUCCCAGACAGAGGUGAUGGGAAGUGUGCGGGCUAACCGCUACAGCAUUGUGUCAUCAGAGGAGGACGGGAUGAAGUUGGCCACUAUGGCGGUGCAGAAUGGCUAUGGGAAUGGGAAGAGCAAGGUGCACACACGGCAUCAGCCCCAGAGUAGGUUCGUCAAGAAGGAUGGGCACUGCAAUGUACAGUUCAUCAAUGUCAGUGAGAAGGGUCAACGUUAUUUGGCAGACAUUUUUACCACUUGUGUGGACAUUCGCUGGCGCUGGAUGCUUAUCAUCUUCUGCUUGGCGUUCCUGCUUUCAUGGCUGUUCUUCGGAUGUAUCUUCUGGCUGGUGGCCAUCUUCCGUGGAGACCUGGAAGGCAGCGGUCCAAAAUGUGUUUCGAACGUGAGCAGCUUUACCGCAGCUUUUCUUUUCUCCAUCGAGACGCAGACUACCAUUGGCUAUGGCUACCGCUAUGUUACCGAUGAGUGUCCGAUUGCCGUCUUCAUGGUGGUCUUUCAGAGCAUCGUGGGCUGCAUCAUUGACGCUUUCAUCAUUGGUGCUGUCAUGGCCAAGCUGGCCAAGCCUAAGAAGCGAAACGAGACAUUGGUGUUCAGCCACAAUGCUACCGUGGCCAUGAGGGACAACAAGCUGUGUCUAAUGUGGAGGGUUGGCAACUUGCGCAAGAGCCAUCUGGUAGAGGCCCAUGUGCGGGCUCAGCUCCUUAGGUCUCGUACGACAGCAGAGGGGGAAUACAUCCCACUGGACCAAAUAGACGUUGAUGUGGGCUUUGAUAGUGGCAUUGACCGUAUCUUCUUGGUUUCUCCAAUAACCAUUGUCCAUGAGAUUAACGAGGACAGCCCAUUUUAUGACUUGAGUAAGCAGGAGCUAGACAGUUCAGAGUUCGAGAUUGUGGUGAUCUUGGAAGGUAUGGUGGAAGCAACAGCCAUGACAACUCAGUGCCGUAGCUCAUAUCUGGCCAGCGAGAUCCUCUGGGGUCACCGCUUCGAGCCAGUCCUGUUCGAGGAGAAGAACUACUACAAAGUGGACUAUUCACGCUUUCACAAGACCUAUGAGGUGCCCAGCACCCCGCUGUGUAGCGCCAGGGACCUUGCAGAGAAAAAAUACAUCCUUUCCAAUUCUAAUUCCUUCUGUUAUGAGAAUGAGGUGGUGCUUCCAAACAAAGAGGAGAAGGAGGAAGGAGACGGGGGUGGACUGGUGCCCAUGAACACACACACUGACACUGGCUCAGACUCUGACCACAAUCAAGCCAGUGUUCCUUUAGAGUCACGGCCUCUCAGGCGAGAAUCAGAAAUAUGACUGUAUAGGCCUCCUGUGAAAAAUCCAGUAAUUGCCUGUUGAUCAAAUAGGCACAUUGAGCUGAACUGAAGUCCUGAGGGGACGCAGACUUAAGCUGACGGUACAGCUGCAAAGAGAGGUUUAGAGAUGAACUGAACAAGAGUGUUCAUGAUGAAUAUAUCUGGUUUAUAAAGAGGCAUUGCACUGAAAAUGAGUGCACAUAAAGGGGCCGAUGGGUUUAUCCAGUUAUGCAACACUACCUUUUAGACCAUUGCUCUUUGAUGGCAUACAGUGGAAGGGAUGUGAGUGCUGUGUAAAACUUGAAAAUAUCAGGCAUGGCUUCCUGGGCAUUUGUCCAGCAGUGGCAGAGUGAUAUGAGUAGGCUAAAAAACUGUUUAAAAAGUGUUUUAGUGAUGCAUGAAUGAUCUCAAAUCAUGGACUGUGGUUUAUACUGAAAUCUUGUGGAGAGAAAAGAAAACCUUACUGACAGUAAGGUGUGCACGUUUACCUUACUCUAUGCCUUGUAUUACAUAGCCAAGCAUCUGUUACAUUAGAGGCAUUUAGCAGGCGCUGUUAUCCAGAGCAAUGUACCCUGGGCAGCCGUUGGGGUAAGGUGCCUUGCUCCAGCCGUUCCUGCUGGUCCUGGGAAUCAAACCGGCAACCUUUUGGUCCCAAAACUGCUUCACUGGCCAUUAGGCCUCUUUGCAGCAACAAUGUAGAAAAUCUUUACUCACCACAUAGGCCAGUAACCUAACAAAAGCUUUACACCUGUACUUACAGACAGAGGGUUUUAGGGUCCUAUCAUGUCAUAAAGAUAUACAGAAGUCCAAUUUUUAACAUAAUGAUGAACACUGGCUAAUAUAUUAUUUAAUGUAUUACUGUUUGUACCACAUAUUGUUCAGAUGAGUCUAAAGGCCUUAGUUGGGGUCAAAGGUAUCCCUGAAAUAGACCUGUUUGGGAUUUCUGAUAGAUGUGUGUAUGUGUGUGACCUGUGGCCACAAUACAAACAGUUUACUUGCGAUUAAUGUAAUGAGUAGUUUUGUUCUGCGUGGGUCAUUUGGGCUUAAUUGUAGGCUCUCGAGCUAGGGCAAAUGCAAGGAACAUGCCUGUUUACAGCGGUAACUCCCACAGGGUCAGACCGGUGUCAAAGCCAAACACAGCGCUCGUCCCAUCCACUGGGGAAGAGAGGGAGAGAAUGUGCUAAUGAAUGUUUUUCCAUACAUGCUGCUAUGUUGCAUCUUAUAAUACGGUUUUGGAGAAGACUGAAAUAUUCUAAAGAGUAUUCUAAACAAGGUAUCAGAUACUUUUGAAGGAUAUUAGAUGUAGGUCUAUAGGACAAAAAAAUAAAAUUGAAAAUAUUUUUGAUGGAAUUUUGGUUUUGUUUGUUCUUCAGUACACAUGCUUAUUUUAUCAGAUAUUGGGUUUGUUUGUUUUUUUCAAUAUUCAAAGCCAAAUGUUUUUAAAAGAAAAUAUCACAGAGAUCAUAAGAAAUCAGAAGGUUACAGGGUAGCCUCUUGGGAAAACUCCUCCUUUAUAACGUCAGUGUUAUAUUAUAUAUUAUAUUAUAGUGCUGCAUAAGUAAGUGUUCCAAGGUUGUUAGAAACGUGUAGAUUUGCAUACAAGCAAUUUGUAUGAACUCAAAAUAUAUUUUUUUACAACGAAGCCUAAAUGUUCGACAUAUAAAACUGCACUGUAUUAUGGCCUUGAGAUUUAAGGUAGCUAAUUGGAUAGAAAACAGCACUGUUACAGACAUUCAUACCCCUACAAUGUUUAGUUUUUUUUAAUAUCAUGACAUUUUACACAGCACUAAAGCCGAGCUUUAUCUUACGAAUUGCAGUUCAACCUUAAUGGCUCAUUGGCUCCAUGUGCCAGGUCAUUGAAACCUGUAGGACUGAGUCAUUAGACCAAGAUCCUGUCACCAGCACUGAGCUCAGGAUGGAUCAUAACCUGAGAUUUCAUAGCGAUCGGUUGAUGUCAUGCUAAAAUACCAGCCUCUCGACAUGUCAGGACGUUUUUAUAGCAGAGCAAAUAUUCUCCCAUGCUCUCUAAAUGGAGAUAAUAAUAUUCAGAUCAACUUUAUUUUAAGCUUUACGCUCAAAAAGUGUACACAUCAACACGAAUCGGUAUCCGCUUUUGUGUUAGCUUUGUGGGGUUUUUUCCCUUCUGUGCAUUUAUCUGAAAAACCAACACUAGCCAGAAUCAGUAGGCCUGAUUAAUACUGACCUAUCAACCUGAAGAAGCCCUUCUUAAUGACUGAUGGCAUGCGUGCAGUUUCUUCUUGGUUUGUAAAUAUCCCAGUACUUUUUGCAGUCCAUUUUUAUUUUCUUUUUUUUCCUCUAUCAGUCUUCCUUGUACUGCAAAAAACAAUGGAAUGUACAGAUUUUUUAUAUUAUGACUAAUA